AACAAGUGAAGAGUUCAUGCAACUUUUUUACUAUGUUUUUUAGAUCACAAUGGGUCUCAUGGAGUCGCCAAUUAUUGCAUUACAGAUAGACCUUGGUUGAUGUUUCUUGACAGCUAGUCAAAGUUUUCUCUCCAAGUGAUAGAAAAGAUGAAUGGAGCUGAAGAGAGAGACAUUGUGAUUGUUGGUGGGGGCAUCUGUGGCCUUGCCACCGCUCUUGCUCCACACAGGAAGGGCAUUAGGAGUUUGGUCUUAGAUAGAUUGGAGUGUUUAUGCGCAACCGGAGCGGCCAUGACCAUUUGAGCCAAUGGAUGGCAUGCCUUGGAUCAUCUUGGAAUAGGAUCAGUGCUUCGAAAAGACUCGUUUCAUAUUGAUGGGUUCUCUCUCUCUCUCUCUCUAUUGCAUAAUUAUUUUCAUGAGUCAGAUUGGUCUAGGAAGUGGAUUCUAUUGGAAUAUGGCAUGUUUCCUUUAGAUGAACAAAUGUUUUUGUUAUGCUUGAUCAAUAUGCAAACUCCUCUGAACUUGUUAUGUCAUGCUUGAUCAAAUGAGAAGAGAAUGGAGAGAUACUCUCUGGUUGUUCACAGAUCAUUGGCUCCCCAUGAGCUCUUGUACUACUCGUAUCCGGCUUGAUCACGAUGGCCAAAACUAUAGUUGAUUUUGGCCUAAUAUUUUUCAGCAGUCGAUGUUCCUUUUGACAAAUUUCCAUUGACUAAUCAUUCUUCGUUGAUAUUUGAAAUAUGAAUUCCUUGAUCAAUUUUGCCUCCCCUGCCCUUGCCCCAUGAGAAAAAUCAUGACCAGGGUCAGCUCAUUUUAAAGGAAAGCUGUAUAACAAGGCCAUGGGUGUAGUCAUUUUUGUCACAGCCGCCCCUAACAAUAGUUAACAAAGACAGAUUCAGAAACAUGAUGCUUGAUCGAGGAACAAUGCUGAUAAAAUCGCCACUGAGCAAGGGGGAAGGACAAUGCAUAAAACGGAGAGAUCUUGUUGAAGCUUUGGCCAAGGAUCUGCCUCAAGGAACAGUUCGCUUCGGAUGCCGCGUGAUCUCAGUGAAAUUGGACCCCGUGACUUCUUAUGCAGCUCUCGAACUUCAAAAUGGGAUUGUCAUAAAGGCCAAGGUUCUGAUAGGAUGUGAUGGGGCAAAUUCCGUCGUUUUGAAAUAUUUUCGCAUGAAACCAACAAAGUUUUCUGCUACAUCUGCGAUUCGAGGUUUCACGAGCCACCCAGAAGGUCAUGAAUUCAAAAACCUCUUUAUAAUUCCAAGAAAAGAGCAAGUUUUGCUUGGAAGAGUACCCGUCAACGACACAUUGGUCUAUUGGUUCGUAACUCGCCUUUGGAAAUCUAUAGACUCGGAGAUAUCAAAGAACCAAGAGUUGAUUAAAAUGUCGAGCCUCGAAACAACCCAUGAUUUCCCAGAAGAGACGAAAGAGAUGAUGGUCGUUAUCUUGCUUGAGAUUCGGUUAUCGUGCCCCUUGGGAUUUAAUGCUAGGGAGCUUCAGUAA